GAUUCUUUGUGACGUGAAUCGGCGCAGAGGCUGAUUGUGUGAGAGAGAGAGAAUAAGUUACUUAUAUCUCCUUCUCAUUAUACGCAGUCGUCCUUGUUGCCUCGUCGACCUUCUACUAGUUUAUCUUCACUACGAAUCGUCAGGUCGGCACCAGUUGCCUCGUAUUAUUGUAGCAUUCAGUUUCGGCACUUCUUCGAUAUCCUACGUCAUACAAAUAGAAAUUUGUAAUUAGUAAUACGGAAUUCGGUGGAAAACUUGGAGGUUCUUCAAUCACAGCAGUUUAAAUCUUAAACAGGCAAAAUGAGUUAUGGUUACCAAGGACCACCUGUUCAAUUACCGGGACGAACCCAUCCACCAACAUCAUUUGGGACUCUGUCUGGUGCACCUUCUGCCCCUGAUGCUCUGUCUUAUCCUCCAAGUUUGGGCUUCUCAAAUGCACCACCGACAUCUUUUGGCAUGCCUCAACCAUAUUCUCAGACAGCUCCUGGUAGCACCGGGAUAGCUCCUUAUCCUGCACAGCAAAUGCCAUAUCCUCCUCAAUCUGUGCCCACACCUUAUUAUUCAUCUAAUUCAAAUGCUAGUCAUCCUAUACCACAGCAACCUAAUCCUUAUCCACAGCAACCUAAUCCUUAUCCACAACAGCCUAAUCCUUAUCCACAGCAGCCUAAUUCUUAUCCACAGCAGCCUAAUUCUUAUCCACAGCAGCCUAAUUCUAAUCCUUAUCCACAGCAGCCUAAGCCUUAUCUACAGCAGUCUAAUCCUCAUCCACAGCAGCCUAAUCCUUAUUCACAGCAGCAAAAUUACAAUACGUAUCCUAAUCUUAAAAAAGCACCAGAUGCUAAAGAAUAUUUUAGCAAUAUGGUUCCUUUCUCUUAUUCUGAACCUAAUGCAACUAAUUCAAUCCCAUAUCAAGGCGGAAGCUAUCCCAGGGGGCAGGGGGUAAGCUAUCCUUAUGCUGUUAAUCCAUCUACUGCUGCACAUGGUGCUACCCCAGCCCCCCGGAUAGAGCGAUUUACGCCUAAGACAUCUCCCACUGUUAUACCUUAUGCUAGCUUUGAUGCUAGAGCUGACGCAGAAGCUUUAAGAAAAGCUAUGAAGGGAUUUGGCACAGAUGAAAAAGGUAUUAUUCAAGUUCUUGCCAAUCGUAAUAACUUGCAACGCCAAGAAAUUGCAUCUCAAUUUAAAACUCUUUAUGGCAAGGAUCUAAUAAAGGAUUUAAAAUCUGAGCUAUCAGGAAACUUUGAGAAACUUGUUCUCGCUCUAAUGACACCACUACCUCAAUAUUAUGCAAAAGAACUCCAUGAUGCAAUGUCUGGUCUUGGUACUGACGAGGCAGUACUCAUUGAAGUAUUGUGUACUAUGUCUAAUCAUGAAAUUUCCAUCAUUAAACAAGCGUACGAAGCAAUGUAUGGAAGAACAUUGGAGGAUGAUUUGAUUUCUGAUACAUCUGGAAAUUUUAAACGUUUGAUGGUAUCAUUGUGUUGUGCCAAUAGAGAUGAAUCAAAUAAUAUAAAUCAUGCUGCUGCAAUGGAAGAUGCUAAACAACUUUUACAAGCUGGGGAGUUGCGUUUUGGUACGGAUGAAUCUACUUUUAACGCGAUUCUCGUCCAAAGGAAUAUGCCACAAUUGCGACAGGUAUUUAUAGAAUAUCAUAACAUAACAGGCCAUGAUAUCGAGACUGCGAUUGAAAAUGAAUUUUCUGGCGAUAUUAAGAAGGGUCUCCUUGCAAUUGUGAAAUGCGUCAAAAAUAGAGCCAGUUUCUUCGCUGAACAAUUGUACAAAAGCAUGAAAGGCCUUGGUACAGACGAUAGCCGUCUUAUACGUCUAGUUGUAACGCGCUGUGAAAUAGAUAUGGGUGAAAUAAAAAAUGUGUUCGUCCAAGAACAUGGGGAAUCAUUGGAAGAUUUUAUAUCUGGUGACUGUUCAGGACAUUACAAAAAAUGCUUAUUAGCAUUAAUAUCAUAAAAUAUUUUCCAUCACAUGAACAAGUUUCAUUUAUGAAACUUGUUUCAUUGCAUUUGUCGUCCAUCAUUUUACAAUUACGUAUAGUAUAUUAUAUUAUAUUUUCUUUUCUUUUUUUUCGAUUUUAACAAAUCUAACAGUAAUAUAGUUUAUUUGUAUUUUAAAGAAAGUAUUAACUCAUUUUUAUACAGAAAUUAUAUUUUUAUGAAGAAAUUUUGCGUUAUAUAUAUCACAUGGCAUAGGUAUUUUUAGUUUAAUAAUUUUCUAUAAAAUAAUUUACAUUAUAAACGUUCCUAUGUAUUAUAAAUGUCUUAUAUGAAAUAGUAACAAAGUAAUAUGACAAAGUACUUAACAGAAUCAUACUAUUGCAUAUGU